GUGACGAGGAUGCAUUUGAGUCGUUGUUGGUGAUAAAACGGAAUCUGAGUUCUGAACUCACGAAACAAUAUGUUUUACCAAUGAAGAGAAGACACGAAAACAAUGAGGAUGAAAUCCAAGAGAGAAAGAGGCACAUGACCGAUGAAGAACUCGGAGAGUUAAUUGAUUUCGCUCUAAACAUAGUAAACAAACUUGAGCCAGAAAAUAAAGAACAUUUAAAUCAAAUUGUGCGACUUGCGAUAGAUAAAAAAGAAGCAUUUAUAAAUAUUUGGCGAGCUUUAGUUAUUUCAAAAGAUGAAAGUGCGAAAAUUCGAAAGUUCAUUUCUUUAAUGAAUAUCCGCUUUAAUAUGAAUCUAAAGAACAAGAUUGGAACAAUUUAA